AUGGACGUGAACAGCGACGGGCGCCUGAGCUACUUCGAGUUCCUCCGCGCCUGCAAGCACAUGCAGAUGCAAAACGCGCGGGCCGUGUGGUCGGCAUUGGGCCGAUCUGGUUUCGUCAGCUUACAAGAACUGGACCCUUUGCUGGCACAGCAGUUGGGCUCCCUCGCUGCCAAGCUCUGGACUCUCUUUGGGUCCCUUGAGGAAGCCUGGCGCAACUGCUUCAAUCCGACUUCGCGGCUGCGGAUCAGCCGAGACGACUUCGUGCAAGCGUGCGAAAGUUUUCGCUUCAGGCACGGCGAGGUUUGCUUCGCCGAGCUCUGCUCAGAGAAGGCCCGCAGCGGCAUGAGCCGGAAGGAGUUCGGCUUCCUUCAUACCUGGCUUGGCCGUGGCCCGGACCGCGGCUUCAUCGACCCUCCUCCCUCUCGCUGGGAGCAGGAAAGAAGCAACUUUGUCCGGGCAUGGCGCGAGGGAUUAGAUCGAGACCACAACCACAAGCUGGACUAUCACGAGUUCAGCACAGCCGUGAAGGAUGUGGGGUACCCGGGGAAUCUCCGGGAGCUGUGGGAAGAGUUGGACCUGAACGAGAACGGCUUCGUGAGCCUCUGGGAGCUGGAUGAGCCGACAGCCGAGCUUUUGAAGGCCUUUGUGGACUUGGCCCUGGCUUUCUCGGGGAACUGGAGGUCCUUCUGGACGGAGCUUCUGGACAUUCGGGGUGACGACCGUGUGCGGCUUUCGGAAUUCCGAGACGCCUGCGCCCUGAUACUCGGUGGCACCUUGGGAGGGAUCUAUGUGCUUUGA